AACGUAAUAUGUGGGCGUGUCUAAGUGACGAGCCACAGAAAUAUAUAAAUAGAAGCCCAACCCUCAUAUUUUCAAACACGAGAUACUACGUGGGAGAAAUCGUGGUGCGACGAGGCUUGUAGACUGAGAAACAAUGGCUCGUACAAAGCAGACCGCGCGUAAAUCAACCGGAGGAAAGGCGCCAAGAAAACAGCUGGCGACCAAAGCCGCUCGGAAGAGCGCGCCCUCUACCGGCGGAGUCAAGAAGCCGCACAGAUACAGGCCUGGAACUGUUGCUCUGCGAGAGAUUCGCCGUUAUCAGAAGUCAACGGAGUUGCUCAUCCGCAAGCUGCCCUUUCAGCGUCUGGUUCGGGAGAUCGCACAGGACUUCAAAACCGAUCUGAGGUUCCAGAGUGCAGCCAUCGGUGCACUUCAGGAAGCAAGUGAAGCCUACCUUGUCGGUCUGUUUGAGGACACUAACUUGUGCGCCAUUCAUGCCAAGAGAGUCACAAUCAUGCCCAAGGAUAUCCAGCUUGCAAGGCGAAUCAGAGGAGAGAGGGCCUAAUUUUUAUCCCCCCACCACCCCCUUAUUUUAACUUUUAAUGAGAAACACUCGAAGUAAAAGCAAUGGAUUUGUACAUUGGAGUCAUUUUGUAAAGAAUUCCUUACAGACUCAGGUUUUUAAAGUGAGUGUCUAGAUUAACCUUCGUGGAGCUCAUUGUAGUUCAGCUUUAGUUGCAUGCUUUAAAGUAUUUAUCACUUCUCUUUUUACAUCUGAUCAUUGGGUUGUAAAUAAAAUUACUCUACCUCA